AUGGGGAUCCCCAAGGGUCAAGCGUUUCAGCAUGCAGUUGAGCAACGCUCUGCCAUGAAGAAGCCCUCAACACCGGAAGAUAUAGCUGGCUGUGUGAGUUUCGUUGCGAGCAAGGACUCGAAUAUUAUUACUGGACAGAGUCUCAUCAUCGAUGGAGAUCGUAACAUGGAUAAGGCACAAUAG